CUUCCGGAUGUCACUGUCACUAAAAAAAAUUUCCGAUGACAAAAGAUGUAUGAACGUUAUAUAUAAUAACCCAUGACACAUGGCGUUAUAUAUAACUUGAUCUGACCUGUAUUGAAAGUUGUAUAAUGUGUAUAUACUGACUCGGCUGACAAGAUGGUGGAUGUCCAGGUCGUGAAAGUCCUGGUGAUAUUCGGACUGUUUUUAUUCACUGUGGUUCUAGGGGUGCUUCCGUUACUCAUCAUCAGGUGCAUGCAAAAACAAAGUGCACGUGGUAUAAGUUUUCACAAACAAAUCUGUUACCGACGGACGUUAAGUGUCCUGAGUUGUUUCGCAGCUGGUGUCUUCUUGGCGACAUGUCUGCUUGGACUUCUCCCAGAUGUUAGGAGGGAUCUAGAAAAAGCACUGGUUGCUCUUCAAGUGAAAACGGACUUUCCUGUUGCCGAGUUAACAAUGGUGUUUGGACUCUUUGCAGUACUGACAAUCGAACAAAUUGUUCUCACUGCUAAGGAAAGAAAACCAGGAAACUGCCAAACAAAUAAUCACAAUACUGACAAUAGCAAGACACCUCUUCUGAAGGAAGAUCAUGAAACCAUAGGCAACGCUGUAGACCAAAGGGGAUUUAACCAGUCCGUCUCAAGUGAACAUUCAAUAUCAGGUAUAAGUGAUGAACCUAUCUAUGCAUCUCGUAACUUCGACAGAGAAAAUAGUCUCGAUAGUCACGUCCACGAUGACUUUGUACAUCAACAUUCCACGCUCCGUUCACUGCUGUUGCUACUUGCAAUAUCUCUCCAUUCAUUGUUUGAAGGACUAGCAGUUGGUCUUCAAAAAAAUACAGAGUCAGUUCUGAGUAUAUUCAUAGCUCUUCUGCUGCAUAAAGGAAUUCUUAGCUUCAGUUUGGGCAUGAACUUGGUUCAGAGUAAACUUUCAAGGACUGCAAUAGUAAGGUCUUUAGCAAUAUUUGGAUUAUCUGCUCCUGUUGGAAUUGGGAUUGGUAUUGGUAUCAUAGAUCUGUGGGAUUCUAAAGUAUCCAGCCUUGUGCAGGGCAUUCUCCAAGGGAUUGCCUGUGGAACAUUUCUUUAUAUAACUUUCUUUGAAGUGCUUCCUCAUGAAUUCAAUUCUUGUGACAUUAGAUUAGUGAAAGUAGUCUUUCUGAUAGUAGGGUUUAGUACAGUGACUGGAACAGUUUUCCUAGAACAAAGGUUUGGCUCAGGCAACAUGACACUGCCAAUAUGUAGGAGCAGACCAAAGGUUAAAACUGAACCAUUUUUGGAGAAGUUAUUACACGGAAACCUAAGAAACCAAUCGGAAUUUGGCAGCCCUCAUAUUGCGGUUGGCAAGAUGGUGGAUGUCCGGGUCGUGAAGGUCCUAGUGAUAUUCGGACUGUUUUUAUUCACUGUGGUUCUAGGGGUGCUUCCGUUACUCAUCAUCAGGUGCAUGCAAAAACAAAGUGCACGUGGUAUAAGCUUCCAUCAACAGACCUAUUACAGAAGGACCUUAAGUAUCCUGAGUUGUUUCGCAGCUGGUGUCUUCUUGGCGACAUGUCUGCUUGGACUUCUCCCAGAUGUUAGGAGGGAUCUAGAAACGGCACUGGUUGCUCUUCAAGUGAAAACGAACUUUCCUGUUGCUGAGUUUGCAUUGGUUUUUGGACUCUUUUCAAUACUGACAAUCGAGCAAAUUGUUCUCACUGUUAAGGAAAGAAAAUCAGAACACUCUCAGACAAAUAAUAACAAUACUGACAGUAGCAAGACACCACUUAUGAAUGAUGAUCAUGAAAUCGUUGGCAACCGUGUCGAAGAAAAGGGAAUUAACAGGUCCAUCUUUAGCGAACAUUUAAUCUCUGGUAUAAGUGAUAAACCUAUACUUCAUUCAAUACCCCAGGAUGAGGACAAGGAACACCUCCACGAUAAUAACGUUCAGAAUGACUUCGUACAUCAACAUUCAACGCUCCGUUCACUGCUGUUGCUACUUGCAAUAUCCCUCCACUCUCUGUUUGAAGGACUAGCAGUUGGUCUUCAAACAAAUACAGAAUCAGUUCUGAGUAUAUUCAUAGCUCUUCUGCUGCAUAAAGGAAUUCUUAGCUUCAGUUUGGGCAUGAACUUGGUUCAGAGUAAACUUUCAAGGACUGCAAUAAUAAGGUCUUUAGCUAUAUUUGGAUUAUCUGCUCCUGUUGGAAUUGGGAUUGGUAUUGGUAUCAUAGAUCUUUGGGAUUCCAAAGUAUCCAGCCUUGUGCAGGGCAUUCUCCAAGGGAUUGCCUGUGGAACAUUUCUUUAUAUAACUUUCUUUGAAGUGCUUCCUCAUGAAUUCAAUUCUUGUGACAUUAGAUUAGUGAAAGUAGUCUUUCUGAUAGUAGGGUUCACUACAGUGACAGGAACAGUUUUCCUAGAGCAAAGGUAUGGCUAAAGGCAACAUAUCCUUUAAAAUCAUUGGUGCUACAAAGUAAGAAUCUAAUAUUGUUUGUUAAUAGAAAUAUUUUCCACAAUUGUUAUGGCAUUUGACGAAAUGUAUUUUAAAUUAAACAUGA